AAGCCGUUGGGGAAGGAGAUGUCGAGUCUGAUUUCAGCAGCAACUGCCUCAGCACAGACUGGCCCAAGGUUUCCACUUCCCAUCCCGGGUAAGGCAGUGGGGCACCACAGGAAUCGCAGUCUGGACUCUGCACUUCAGCUCCAAGAAAUACCCGAACAAGACAUACUAGUAGUGCUUCGGAUAAUGGACUUGUUGAGGAAGCCGUUGGGGAAGGAGAUGUCGAGUCUGAUUUCAGCAGCAACUGCCUCAGCACAGACUGGCCCAAGGUUUCCACUUCCCAUCCCGGGUAAGGCAGUGGGGCACCACAGGAAUCGCAGUCUGGACUCUGCACUUCAGCUCCAAGAAAUACCCGAACAAGACAUACUAGGAGUCCACUAUCCGAAGCAUAAAUUGGCGAAUGAUCUUCAAGGAGUCCACUAUCCGAAGCAUACAUUGGGGAAAGACAGGAUCUAUUUUUUGGAGGACAACCUCCAUGUAGUCCACUAUCCGAAGCAUAAAUCGGGGAAUGACCGGGUCCAAUUUCUGGAGGACAACCUUCAAGGAGUCCACUAUCCGAAGAAUAAAUUGGGGAAUGACCUUCAAGGAGUCCACUAUCCGAAGCAUACGUUGGGGAAAUACAGGGUCUAUUUUUUGGAGGACAACCUUCAUGUAGUCCACUAUCCGAAGCAUAAAUUGGGGAAAGACAGGGUUCAUUUUGUGGAGGACAACCUUCAAGGAGUCCACUAUCCGAAGCAUGAAUUGGGGAAAGACAGGGUCCAUUUGUUUUGUACGUGUGAGGCGUCCAUUAUGCGGAUAAAUUCUCCCCAGGGCAAGGACUGCGACAACAACACUGCUUCUUUGCCCGUGUCGAAGAAGGCUGAGGAUGAUGUUGCCGCCGAGUCUUGCGAAGGGAAGCAUCACAAGUCGUGGCUGUUGCGGUUUUUCGAGUGGGAGCACUUUGACGUGUCGUACGCAGUGACGUACUUGUUCAAGUCGAAAGAACCCGGGGUCCUGGCAUACAUUGUGAACCGUAUGUUUGACUUUGAGAAAGGCGCCGUGGAUUUCUAUCUCCCGCAGUUGGUGAACAUGUACGUGCAGAUGCCCGACGUGGCUGAGGCAUUGCAUCCGUAUCUGGUCGCCAGGUGGGUUCCGAGGGUGCUUUUGAAAAUACUACACCUUAAGUCAGACCUUACGCGGACCGAGAACCUAGCCUACGCACUGCCCAGCUCGGCGUUCACGGGCUCCAAGAAACGGUCGCACGGCGCGAAACUCAAGUCACUCAUCCUGUCUGACGAACUCCGACCGAAAAAGCCGCCGGCUCUCAAGCCCCACAUGCCGCCGAAGCGGCGUCCCCGCGGCGCCGGAACUGGAUGCGGUCGCCAACUCACUCAGCCCUCGAGGGAAGACGGGGACUAUGGUGCAGGGAAGAAGGGCCACCAGCGGUCGCGCUCUGACAUGUCAUGCCGCCGAAACGGCGUCCCCGCGGCGCCGGAACUGGAUGCGGUCGCCAACUCACUCAGCCCUCGAGGGAAGACGGGGACUAUGGUGCAGGGAAGAAGGGCCACCAGCGGUCGCGCUCUGACAUGUCGUGUUUGCAUUCCGCGAGGAAUGCAGGCAGUCAUGGAGGCGGAGGCGGAGGUGGGGACUGUGUGGACGAAAUGGAUGGCAGGUUGCCCGAAAGCAGGAUGCAAUGUGAGUUUGGGAAUGAGGUACAACCUGUCUCUGCCAGCUGUGAAACAAGCGGCAUCUAGUCUGGGCGACCUGAGCAGCGGGAAGGCCUUUGACAACGGGUGUGUCUGCUACUUGAUUGCCAAGAUGUCGCUCGGCACGGAUGCCAGUGACACGGAUCUCAUCGCAAACGCUUCAUGUCACUGUCACGCUCCACGUCUGAAACCUGAGCAAUUGUUUGUGGAGACGCUAGUGAGCAUUGGGAAGCGGUUGGGGACUCUUGGGUCCAAGGAUGCCAAGACGCAGGGAUUGAAUGCAGAAUUGUGCAAGUUGAACCUGAAUUUGCCUGCCAAAGUUUGGCUGCCAUUCCGUAGGACUCCACCACACUACAUUGUCCGCAUCCCGCCUCAAGCCGCAGUUGUGCUUAACUCUAAAGACAAGGCUCCUUAUUUAGUGUAUGUGGAAUGCGUGGACGUGGACAACGUGGAAACGUCGUUGGUGCCGCCGAAAAUGUCGACAGCCUCGUCGUCUUCCGCGUCUCGUCUCCGUCAAGUCCGGUCGGAAGAAAACCUGGCCUUGGAGGACUCGACGUCUGGCUCUUCGUCGUCAGCAGUGUCGACACCGCAAGUGGUGACGGUGCCGGGGACGGUCAGUGGGUCUGCGGGCGGCAUUGGGCCAGUGAGCAUGGACCCAGCUGGCCCGAGGCCGCAAAUAAAUGUUGUGAUAGACGACGAAUACGCGGAUUGUUGGUCGCAGGAAGAGGAUGAACUGUCUCGUCAAUAUUCCGCCAGGCUGACGCGGUUUACAGAAAGGGAUUCAGUUUCUCAGUUCAGCAUGGAAAGCAUAGCAAGUGGAGGAGGAUCUUCGGGGGCAUCCGAACCCGUGUACAUUGCAGCCGGGGAUGUGCGUCGUCGUCUCUCGGAAUGUACGUCCGCGGACAAGCCGGCGUUCAAGACGAGGGAUCCCGAGGAUCCUUCGGCGGCCGUGCUCAAGGAGCCCUAUGAGGAGAAGGUGGGUAGAGUGAGAGACGGUUCUCCUUAUGGACACAUUCCAACGUGGAGACUGGUGCCUGUGAUUGUCAAGUGCGGGGAUGAUUUGAGACAGGAGCUGAUGGCCCAGCAGGUCCUGGAGGUGUUUGCUGAGGUUUGGGCCCAAGAACGGGUUCCCUUGCGGAUACGGCCUUACCAUAUUGUGGUGUUGUCUCAAGACAGUGGCUUGAUCGAACCCGUGCUGAACACGAUGUCUUUGCAUCAGAUCAAGAAGCAUAGCGGGCAUUCCAGUCUGGUGCACUAUUUUUACUCGGAAUUCGGUCCCCAGAAUUCAGAGGCCUUCUUGAAUGCUCAGAGGAAUUUUGUGAGAUCUUGUGCUGCCUAUUGUCUCGUCAGCUAUCUCGUCCAGGUGAAAGACAGGCAUAAUGGAAACAUUUUGCUGGACACCGAGGGCCACUUGGUGCAUAUUGAUUUUGGUUUCAUUUUGUCAACGUCGCCGAAGAAUCUGGGCUUUGAAACGUCGCCUUUCAAACUGACUCCCGAGUUUGUUGAAGUCAUGGGCGGCAGAGAUUCAGACAUGUUUGAGUACUUCAAAAUCCUCAUGCUCCAAGGGAUGAUCGCGUUGAAGAAGCAUCACGAGAGGAUUUUGUCCCUGGUUGAAAUCAUGCGUUGUGGGAUGAUCGCGUUGAAGAAGCAUCACGAGAGGAUUUUGUCCCUGGUUGAAAUCAUGCGUUGUGGUUCUGUGGAUUUUGAAGAAAUUCUCGGCAGAAUCACACUGGAAACGGACAGCAGCUGGAAGUGA